GCAAAACCCACAAGACCUCAGAGGCUCAGACACUCCCUGCUCCAAAAUCCCAGUCAUUUUCAACCUUCAUCACCAUUCUCUGUGUUCCUUGGCAAGAAAGAACAAAAUGGUUGACAAAAAUGAUGGCUUGGGUUUGAGUCUGGGUCUCGGUUUGGGUUCCAGACCCAACCACUUUUCCUCUUCCUCCCCUUUGCACUUGAAUCUCGUGCAGAUUCCCUCAGAACAUCACCGAGGUUUUGGAGUCAUUGGAUUUACUGGUCGAAAUGCGACGGCGUUGCGUCGAGGAAUCGACGUGAACCUUGCGCCGGCGGCGGUGGGGGAUUCCGAGGAGGAAAACGGCUUGUCGUCGCCGAACAGCACGGUGUCGAGCCAGAGCGGGAAGAGGAGCGAGAGAGGCGACGAGAACGAGGCGGAGAGGACGUCGUGGUCGGCCGGAGGCAGCGACGACGAGGACGGCAAUGGCGGCGGCGACACGUCGAGGAAGAAGCUCCGGCUCACCAAGGAGCAGUCUGUGCUGCUUGAGGACAUGUUCAAGGACCACAACACUCUCAACACGAGGCAAAAGCAGGAACUGGCACAGAGGUUGAACCUGAGCGCAAGACAAGUUGAGGUUUGGUUCCAGAACAGGAGGGCAAGGACUAAGUUGAAGCAAACAGAGGUGGACUGUGAGCAACUCAGGAAGUGCUGUGAGAAUCUAACAGAAGAGAACAGGAGGUUGCAGAAAGAAGUGCAAGAGCUUAGGGCACUCAAGCUUUCUCCACAGCUCUAUAUGCAAAUGACCCCUCCCACCACUCUCACCAUGUGCCCUUCAUGUCAAUGUGUGGGCGUCUCAUCCUCAUCGGCCUCAUCUGCUAGUGCUACUGCAGCUUCCUCCACAGUUCUGGAAACCGGUCCAACUGGCCAGCCAGGGCUAGCAGUCCAGCGGCCUGUUCCAAUCAGCCCGUGGGCGACAUUGCCAAUCCCGCAACAUCGACCAGUUGAUUCGCCGGCGCCCACCUCUAGGUCGUGAUUCCUUGUUGGAAGAAGGGGAAUUAGUCAUUAGAGAAGCUGAUGGUUGUAGUCUGACAUCUUGGUCAUUGGGAGGAAAUGAGUGACAAAUGUAUAUAUGGUG